AUGCGACGUCGUCAAGAUAUCCCCGCCCGUCGUCACAUUUCCCGUCGGCUGUCCCAUUCAUCAAGUUCACCAGAGGAUCCGGUAGCAAAGAAUCGUUCACCAGAAGAGACAGUGGACGGAAAGCUCCGGUCCCCCAGCACCUGGCAGCGCUACAAGCUCGGCCAGGCGCGGGUGACCGACUGGCUGAAGCAAACCGCCAGCAAAUUCACGCCAAGCCCGACACCGCCGGAUGCCAGCGAAGGCAAUGGCUCGUCCGCUGGAGCGAGGAAGCCCAAGCUGGACGCGGCCUCUGACAAGGUGCACUGGAGCGAGCUGGAACACAUGGCGGAGACAAUCGCCAACAACAGCAAGCCUGAGGAAAUCCCGUGGGACCCGAUCCUGGUCCUGCGGGACGUGGUGGCAUUAAGGAAGAAGAGCGCCCGGUUCUAUUCCAAGACUGCCGACCAAGACAAGACCGGCAAAUUGAAGCUGAGCAACCAGCAGCACGAGCAUAUUAUCAAGGUGUUGGAGAAGGUUCUCGGCGUGCUCGAGUCCGCUGUGUCUGGAGUACGCCCGAAGCAGAAGGAAGAGCCUCGGAGGGCCAGCGACCGCCUGGACAUGAAGUUGCUGGAUAACAUGUUCAACCUUCUCCAGUUCCAGAAGCCAGGCAAGCCUGCAAAGACGCCAAAGCCGAAGGCUCCCGAGGCAGAAGAGGUCGAUCCCGAGCAUUCCGACUCGGAGUCUGACUCUGAGGAAGAGGAAGAGGAAGCCCCGAAGGCUAAGGCUCCAGGCCGCAAGCCGGUUAAGAAGGCCCAAAAGAAGGGUAAAGGCGGCAAGGGCAAGAAGGGCAAGAAGGCCUCCAAGCCCAAGGGUGGCGCCAAGAAGUCAGGCAGGGGUGGAGACAGCGACUGGGUCGACCGCUUCUCGGUGGGCAGGGAUCCCGACGAUGUCGACGACGAGGACCUCAACUACUAUAUGCUCAUAUACUGCUUUUUCGAGGAUUUCAACACCAUCCGCAACCACGUCGCCGAGCGUUGGGCCGACUACUUCUACGACAAGUCCGUCUCGCUCAACACCCUCGCCGUCAUCACCAACGCCGCCGCCGAGCUCUUCCGCAGCAUGGAGAGGGAGCUUUUCACCAUUCUUCGCGAAAAUGGCCUCUCGAAGCUUGGCACGUAUGACGCGAUGAUGGAGAUGCUGUUCUUCGAAUACGGCAUGGAGCAUGUCGACUACGACGACAAGCCCGCGACGAAGGAGGAACAAGACGAGAAGAUCUGGCGCGAGGAGUCAGACUGGCUCGCAUGGUCCGCAUACAAUGGUAUCAGGGAUAUUUUCGAUCACAUGCCGCCAGGGAAGGUCCCGACUAUCCCUCCUUCAGCUCGCAGACGACCCCAGUACGGCCCCAUCACCUUGGCCGACUUCAUGCAAUUCAACAGCGCAUGCAUGUUUGACCUGUUCCCGGAGAUCGCUACAGUAAAGGCGUUGAAGAAGACUCAGGAGCAGCCUCCCGUCAUACCAGGUCAACCGGAGAUGGAGCUCGACUUCGAGAAGGUACUGGAACUGCGCAUGUACCCAUCUCACUUCAUCUUCUCCCUGCAACUUUAUCUUGACAUCCGCAACAUCAUCGAUUCCCAGGUGGAAGUCGCAUUCGAACAGCUGCAAGAAACGGGCAAAGUUAUUGCCGAGUGCUUGAGAAAGUCUAUCGAAACGUGCGACGCCGUCUUCACAUCGGAAUGGAAGAAUGAAGCGAAGCGCGAUCUCCACAUCAUGGACUGUUACAUCUUUGAGGAUUUCACGUUGGAAGACAAGGAGAGACGGGCGGACAUGAUGGGCAUACCCUUUGACGAGGGAAUCCCCGAGUAUGAGCUGUUCCGCUGCGAGCCUGUUUGGCCCGCGUUGCGUGAUUUCCGGACCAAACUGCAGAGCACUAUCAUGAGCAUCCGUCUUCUUACCCGAACGCCUGACCCCCUCUGGAGUGGUGUGUUGUACACCAUCGCCAAGCGGGACUACCCUGAUAUGCCGUCUUGGCCAGAAUUCGACAAGUUCCUGGCCUUCCACGGGACGGAUCUCCUCGGAUUCAACGCACCCGCCACGAGCGAGCCCAAAGCUUCCGAUGUCCUUGUCAAGUACACGACGAUGUCUAACGGCAAGCGGUACCAUGUCUGGGGUGAUCUCCUCAAGAAGGUUGACCGUGUUGCCAAAUUCCACGAGCGCUACGCGGAAAUCAAGAUUUGGGAGCGUGGAAACAUGGACUACAUCGCUCAUAUCGCUCGCCAUCACUUGGGUCUGCCAGUCGACUCCAACGUCAGCCCUUCCGGCAUUCCGCAAAAGUUUGCAAAGUCAAGGCAGGCGACAAGUGAAGAAAGGACGAAAGACAUGUUGCAGCGCAUUCAGCGGGUCGGCAACAUGCGCCACAUCGAGGUCCUUCAGAUUUUGGACCAGGUUGUGGAGUCAAUCGUCCAAGGCGAGUUUGCAAUCAAUUAUUACAGGCUGAACUGGGGGAUCCAGAACUUUGUCGCCUUCUUGCAGGAGAUAUUAUCAGAGAACGGAAUGCUUGGGAAGCCAGAUGCCAACGUGGACACGUACUUGGCCAGCGACGAUAACGACGCCUUUCUAGGCGAGGCCAUCAAGUGGGCCAUCGGUCGCUCCGCCGAGCAGCCCUGCAUUCCUCGUGUGUCUCAACGAGUCCGUGACAAGGUGGAUAAAAACGACUACGAUUAUCAGUACAAGAAGUUCGUGAAGGCCCAGGAGAGGAUGAGUCGCAUCCGUAACGACGACUACGGUGGAGACGAGGAUUGGACAGACGACGACGAUGAUGGCGGCAUGGACAGCUAUGACCGGUUCGAGCGGAUCAUGGAAGGCGGCAUGCAGGGCGACUACGAGCUGAGUUACGACGAUUUGGAUAGAUAUUACGGAGGGUAUUGA